CUUGAUAGUAGUAGUCGCUGCGUUUGGUAAGAGAUUACAUUACGAGCGAGUUACUUGACAUUUGAGCAGGGGACGCAGAGAGCUCUUAGUAAAAAUGUCUUUGAAUAAACUGUGUGUUAAGUGCUUAGGACCUUUGAAAACAGAAAUUAGAGUUUUAAAUGGGUUAGUGAAUAAAAGAAGUAGUCAUUUCGUUUACACGCCUGACGCAAAUAGUCCAGUCAAAGGCGAAACUACGAAAAUGAAUAUGUUCCAAGCUAUUAACAACGCACUAGACACUGCCCUAAAGACUGAUGACUCUGCUCUUAUAUUUGGAGAAGAUAUUGGAUUCGGAGGUGUCUUUAGGUGUACAAUGGGACUACGGGAUAAAUACGGAAAGGAUAGAGUUUUUAAUACCCCGCUUUGCGAGCAAGGAAUAGCAGGGUUUGCUAUAGGCGCUGCGGCAAUGGGAUCGACUGCAAUAGCCGAGAUACAGUUUGCCGAUUAUAUAUUUCCCGCCUUUGAUCAGCUAGUAAAUGAAGCAGCAAAAUACCGAUAUAGAUCAGGUGGAACAUUCGACUGUGGUAAACUUACAGUAAGAGCACCAUGUGGAGCUGUUGGUCACGGGGCUUUAUAUCAUUCCCAGAGUCCAGAAGCCUAUUUUGCCCACACACCAGGUUUGAAGGUAGUAAUACCUAGAGGACCAAUAAAAGCCAAAGGACUCCUGCUUAGUUGUAUUAGGGAUCCAGAUCCAUGUUUAGUAUUUGAACCAAAAAUUUUAUAUAGACAAGCUGUAGAGGAAGUACCUGUUGAUGAUUAUCAAUUACCUAUAGGAAAAGCUGAUAUUUUAGUGGAAGGUAACGAUGUUACCUUAAUAGGAUGGGGAACGCAGGUCCAUGUACUAAAAGAAGUAGCUCAGUUAGCCAAAGAAAAGUUGAAAGUAUCCUGUGAGGUAAUAGAUUUGGUUUCUAUCCUACCAUGGGAUACGGAAACAGUAUUUAAGUCGGUGAAAAAGUCAAAACGCGUCCUUAUAGCACACGAAGCUCCACUCACUUCUGGAUUUGGUGCCGAAAUUGCAGCUACAAUUCAGGAGGAAUGUUUUUUGCAUCUUGAGGCGCCCAUUCAGCGCGUCACGGGUUUCGACACGCCGUUCCCGCACGUUUUUGAGCCUUUUUAUUUGCCAGAUAAAUGGAGAUGCUUUGCCGCAGUACAAAAACUUGUAAAUUUUUAAAAUAAAUCAUAAAUAAAUAUUUU